AUGUGCGUCCUAUCAGAUAAUGCUGCAGAAGAUCCAAGAAUUGUAGCCGUUGUGCCUGGUUCGGCGCCUGCAUCUGCUUCCGCUUCUACUCGCCAUCUCCAUUGUUCCGUCAUCAUGGCUUCCGAGCUCGAUCAGUCCCUCGACGAUAUCAUCAAGUCUAAGAAGUCGUCUGGUCGUGGCGGCAGCCGAGGGGGACGCGGAUCCGGAUCUGGUAGGGGCUAUGGUCCUGUUCGCAGAUCUGGACGAGGCGGAUUUCGAUCAACACCAUAUGGCCAGCCUGCUGCCAUGGUAACUGACCGUGCCUGGCAACACGACAUGUACGAUGCUGGCGCAGUUGCUGUUCCGGCAGCCGGACGUGCCGCAGGACAAGGCAUCGAGACAGGGACGAAGCUGUAUGUGUCGAAUCUGGACUACGGCGUGUCGAACGACGACGUUAAGGAACUCUUUUCGGAGAUUGGAGAGCUCAAGCGCUUCUCGGUUCACUAUGACAGAAGUGGGCGAUCUAAGGGCACAGCGGAAGUUGUGUUCGCACGGAAAGCGGAUGCCUUGGCAGCCAUGACCCGGUACAACAACGUUCAGUUGGACGGGAAACCUAUGAAGAUUGAGCUCAUCGGUUCCACUGUUGCUCCUGCUGUUCCGCCUGUCGCGAGGGUGGCAGUUGCACCAGCUAUUGUCGCGCCGUUUGGCUUUCCUGCAGGGGGCGGUGGGUUUGGUGGACGCGGCCGAGGUGGAAGGGGAGGUGCUCGAGGUCGGGGCCGGGGGAGAGGCAGAGGCAGGAAGUCAGAGGCUCCCAAGACCCAAGAGGAGCUUGAUGCAGAGCUUGACCAGUACAACGCUAAGAAGGACACUAUGCAGUCUUGA